AUGGCCCAAUUCUACUCCCAGCAACCACAACAGCCCUACGGCGUUCCCCCCCAACAAUCCGCACAGAACCUUCAAUUCUACUCUACAUCGUACUCAUCAGUCUCCGGACACACCACACCGUCACAGGCAACAUAUGGCGGCUAUGGCAUGACAUCUAGUUCCGCCCCCGCGUUCCCCGUCGGUGGUGGAGCAGGCGGCUACGGCGCUGGUGGUUACGGAGGCUCAGCGGCUGGUGUCAGUGGAAGGAUGGGCGAGCAGGGUGGUUUGAGAAUGGGAUGGCUGGCAGCUUUUGGAACGGAAGGAUAUGAAGGAGAGCCACCCUUGUUGGAAGAACUGGGGGUCAAUUUUGAGCAUAUAAGAACAAAGACACUCACCGUCUUGAAUCCCUUUGCCCACAUCGAUCAACACCUGAUGGACGACAGCGACCUCUACGGUGCCCUCCUCUACAUCCUACUUUACGGCACAUUCCUCCUUCUCUCCGGUAAAGUGUUCUACGGCUACAUCUACGGCGUCGCUGUCUUCGGCACCGUUGCCCUUCAUGUCAUUCUCAGCCUUAUGUCUCCCACCCUCGACACCCCCAGUCCCACCGACGUCUCAUCCGCCGACCCCAGCGGCUACCACCCACACCACAAACCAAAUCCUAACGCAGGACAUUUCUCAUCGACGUUAACAUUCCCUCGUUCCGCCAGCGUGCUGGGUUAUUGCUUCCUUCCACUAGUGCUAACAAGCCUAGUGGGCAUUCUCAUUCCUAUGGAUACGAUGUUCGGAUAUCUCCUCACCACCGCCGCCGUGGGGUGGUGUACGUAUAGUAGUUCAGGAAUGUUUUGCGCUGUUGCGAGGAUGAGAGGCAUGAGAGCUUUGGUGGCUUAUCCGUUGGCGCUGUUUUACGUGGUGUUUGGGAUUAUGGGAAUCUUCUCGUCGAGAGGAAGUGGUACUUUGGCCGCGACAACCGCUGGCACUUGA